AUGGCUGAAGAUGACGCAGAGUCGUCUGCCCACGAGCUGCUUGUCUUGGCGGAGCUGCCUAUUAUCCAGCUGUGCGGGCUGGUAGAAGAGCUCAGCUAUGGAAACUCGGCUCUCAAAACCGAGACAGAGAUGUUUGAGAAAUAUUACAAUAAACUGGAAUCCAAGGAGCAGCGACCUCUACGAUUAUCUGAAAUUAAAAGAUCAGGGGCGGACUUUGCUCAGGCUAUCAUCGAGGAAGCUGAAAUUCGGUGGGCUGAUGUUCAGAAAGAAGUGCACGAGUUUGAAAAAGAUAUUCUGAAAACCAUCACCAAGAAGAAAGGGAGUAUUUUGGCCACUCAGAAAGUGAUGAAGUACUUUGAGGACAUGAACCGCCGGAGGGAUCACAUGAAGGAGAAAUUAUGUUUGAAAAAUGUUUCUCUCAAAGUCCAGAGGAAAAAGAUGCUUUUACAAUUGAGGCAGAAGGAAGAGGUGGGUGACGCCCUCCACGAAGUGGAUUUUCAGCAGCUGAAGAUAGAGAACGCUCAGUUUUUAGAGACGAUUGACUUGAAGAAUCAAGAGCUGAUCCACCUCAAGCUGUCAUCUGGAACCACCCAGCAGGUCCUCAAUUCUUAUAAGACCAGGCUAAACCAAGCAAUGGAAAUGUCCAUCAGUCUGGGAAAGGAGAUCUUGCAGAGAAAGGAGUUACUUGAAAAAAUCGAAAGAGAAAUCCUACAAGUAGAGGGGGACCGGGCCAAAGACGAGGCCGUGAACAAGAAGCUCCGGAGGCAGCUGAGCGAGUUCCGAGUGCCGCCGGUGAUGCAGUAUGUCAGGGAGAAGGUCCUGAACGGAGACCUGGAGAAGACCAUCAGGGUGUGGGAAAGGAAGGUGGAGAUUGCAGAGAUGUCCUUAAAAGGCUUCCGCAAGGACUGGAAUAAAAUGAAAACCACAAGUGAGCAGUUGCUGGCCAUUGGCUCCACUGGGAAAUAG